AUAUAUCUACAGAAAGGCUUUAAGCUCUUUUCCCUCUUUCCCUGGUGGGGUCUGUGUCCUGGGACCCAUUUGAUUGAAAACUUUUGGAAGUAUAGGGACAAAAGAAACCACCCAUAUCUUCAUAUUUUGCACUAACUUCUCACCCAUACAUUUGCAUGUUCUGCAAAUAGAGAGCCUUUAAUCUCCUGGGCUGCUUGCUAAUUAAUGCUCUGGCUACAAAUACCACCACGACUACAUUAGCUGCCAGCACUAGUGCUACGCUGCUACUACGCUCACCAAGCUACAAAAUUUUUGUUGCUACCUUCAAGCUCUUAGCUUGCUUAAGCAGACCUGUCUUUCUUAACAUGUCAGUCGUAUCCUGUCUUCUUCUUUUACUUCUAUGUCUUUCUUUGGAUGCAUGUAUUGCCAGGCGACUUCCUGCUGUUGAUCAGAAAUUUCACAUCUACAAUCAGAAGGAUGAGAAGAAUGUUUCAGUCGCAGUACCAAAGGAGUCUUCUUCAUCAAAUGAACCUGCUGGAGCGGCAAAGGAAGAUAGCAGCACAGAGACUCAUUAUCUGAAUGGUUAUGGUUAUACUCAGAAGUUGAAGGAACCCAAGGCAAAAAAGAAAGUAAAGGCAGGAGAGAAUGCUAAAAAAUCAGGUUCUGCUAAAAAAAAGACUCUUGUUUCAGUUCCAUGGCGUGUGCCACACAGUAAACGUGGAGAUAAGCAUCCUGGUUUCAACUUGGACUACUCACCCCCAAAGACACACCCACCUUCACAUAACUGAAACAUGCGUAUACCAAUUUUGCUAUCUUGUAAUCCUGGUUCUCCCCUUGAUCCUUGAGGGUAUUCUUCCUUAUCAUCUAGAAAUUAAGUUUCCAUCAAGUAUUAGAGUAAUCAAGAGCUCAAAGGGUCUGUGAUAGCACCCUCAGGGUUCCAACUCUCACUGUCAGCAUAUAUAUAUAUAUGUAACUGCGGCAACCUUUAAAUAUAUAAGAUAACAUAACAUAGGCUUGUGGGUUUAACGUACUACCAAGCCUCUGAUUGAUGUAUAUCAAAAUGUUAAUUUACUUGUUAGUUCAUCAA